AUGAAUUGGAGUCGUCCAGGUGUCCCCGCGACCGCCGUAACUCCUAAGUUGCCGUGGAGCUUUAUCAGUAGUAGGUUGCUCCACAACUGGAGUUUGGACCGCCCUGACAUCCCAGAUGAUCUUAUCGUGUGGUUGAAGGGAUUGCAGCCUUGCAGUCAGGCCUCAUCAUGCCCCGAUCUCGAGGGCUACUUUUUGGAGCUCUUGUCCGAAUCGGCUUUGACACUAUGGAACGUCAUUGAUCAAUACCACAGAGAUGGUACCCCUGGACCACCCUGCCGCGCUUGUCCUACCAACGUCUCCGGAGCGGCGGUACAGAUAUGUCAUAAUACUCCUCCCGACGCGGCCGUGUGCCGCUUGCGCCCCAACAGUGAGAGGCCUUGGCUUUUCGACAUCAUGCCACCACCUUCUGCGGACGCUGUUGAAUGGGUGAAAAACCGCUUGCAAGAGGUUCAUGUCCACCAGCUCAUGGAAGCCUCUUGGAGCCGGCUGUCAGACCCUACUGCCGACGGAGCCCUCGUGGGCAAGAGAUCUUCAAUAAAGCGCAAGGCAAAGCAAGUUAAGCGCUUCUUUUGUGAUCUGCCACGUAUCGACCUCGUUGGUGCAACCGCUUCACCCGCACAAGCGCCAGCUGUCGCACUACCGAAGACACGCGAGAUCUCUGUAUACUUCAGAAACGACCCGAAGGUCUCGCAGGACGGCCAUCGCUUCCUGCUCUCCACCGCUCCCUCACCUCUGCCUAAUCCAGCAACAGCUUCCAUGCCGAAGGACUCGCCGAAAGAUCAUGUUUUUUUGGAGAAAAGAGUCCUUCUUGAGCUUCUGAAGUGCGAGUGGAGUUUGAAUGAGGAGGGGAAGCUCCCGCCUCCAACAGAGUGGGUUUCCUACUUGGACCGUGGAGCCACAGAUUCAACCACAGGAGGUCCUCCACUCACUCCUGCGGUGGGGGUCAUGGUGUGCGAACCAAACUUCGGCGAUUUGCACGCUUCGGCUCUGCUUGGAGCCUACAAAUCAUGCAAGGUCAGAUUCUCCUUGGCGUUCAAAGUGGGAUCAAACAGGAAUGGCACACCCGGUGCCCUUCGUCCUCCCGCCUAUGAGUUCGACUUCGGCCGCAUAAAGGGCCUCACAGUCCUGUUCCUCGCCUGCCUGGUGAUCGGCAACGACGCUGCCAUCGACAAGCUGUUGGGCAUGAGAGUUUCGGGAGGAGUCAUUAUACAGGAUCUAAUCGAACAGGAUGCCCAGCGGCUGUUGGGAGCGACUGCAAGGCAUCAUGUCGGUCUCCUGUUGAAUGCUGCGGCACUUCCAACAACUAAGUGGCCUCUAUCUGACCUCAGCUACCGUUUGUCGCUGUGGUUCAGGGUCUGGCUUGGCAGACCGACGUUCUCAGGUUACCUGCGCGCCCGUCCUCUCCAUUUGGAGGGAUUGAUCAAGGAGAUGUUCAACCUCUGGCAGCCGUCGGGAUCUGUCCAGCCGGCAGCUCCCCCUGCAUCGGUGUUCGCCUCUUGCGCCGAGGGCAAAACAGCAGCGAUCAUAGAGCUGACGACCCUAGGGGUCUACUACGGCUCUGCGGUGGGUACGGCCGCUCUCCUUGCUGGCAAGAGGAUCGCAAAAGCGGCAGCAGACUGCCGUAGGAUCGACAGACGACUUAAAGUUGGGGACGAGUGGGUCCAGAACGCUGUCUCCGUAGUCACUAGCGUUCUUCGGAGCAGCGUAAAUCUCAAGUUUGAAGAAACAGAGAAAUGGCUCCUCACCAGCUUAUCGAAGGAGAUUGUCACCGGUAGUGAAGAGGAGAUCAGGAGCUUGUACAAUGCCCUUCACACAGUCCGCCUCAAUCUGCGCUCCGUCAUCGAGUACUACGGAGAUGAGAUGGACGGUUUACGCCUUCAGAAGGCAUUCCAGCAGGCCUUUUGUGGUGUCCUAGACCAAGGAGUCGUCUCUAUGGACCCCGAAAAAGUUCGAGAUUUCUUCAAUUUCAACUUCAAUGACGACGAUGUCUCCAGUCUGCGGGAUUCGAAAAACUUUGGCCGAUUCAACGUCGAGCUCGCUUCGAAGAUUUAUACGGACUUGGCCAGCCUCGAAACCCUCAGUUCGACAUGUAAGGGCUCGCGAAUGAGUGCAGUCAUAGGCAGCAUAUCCCAGACCCUCAGUGAGCUGAAAUCACUGAUCCCAGUCGCUCAACCACAUUUCGCCCUCGGCAAGGAGAAGAAGUCAACUUGGCAGGCUCUGUUACCACUUGGUGUUGUCCUGAUCUCGUACUGCAUUUGGCUAUGGCAACCUUCGCCACAGCUCAGUCCCAUCCGGCCACUCUGGCCAGCUGCACAGUCCGAAAACAGGGUCAACGGCGACGAGGAAUCACUGUGCACUGAGGGUGCAGGUUGGAUGCGAGCCGAUUUUAGGGUUGACGGUUUACGUCUCAAUAGAGGUGACUCUGUCCAUAUUGUAGACUGCCCCACCCCAGACCGGUACAUGAUCAAGAUUCAGCGAACCUGGAAAGUAUCGGUAAGUAGACGAACAGAGAUCUCGGGCUCACUCAGCCUGUUCCUCGCUAUCUUGUCGGCCUGUCCAAGAGCGAUGGCUCCGAAACCGAUCCGUCGUAAUGCGUCAACCGAGAGCGUAUGGCGUCAGUCUGGCCAAAUGUCUGUCGGUUCACCGGGGCUAACCUUCCCGCGAGCACACCUUGCCCAUAACUUUGUCCCUGAUGAAUAUGCGAGAUUAAUUGAGACAUGCGUGGGGGUACAGUAG